AAGUUUCUAGCUGUUAAUGCUAAAAGCAACGAACGCGUCACGAAUGCACAACGUGUUCUUGCUAUUUUAGUUCCACAAGUUAUUUGCUAGUCUUGGUUCAAUGGUUGUGGUCCAUGAAUUAUAGCUUUAUGUUUCCUUAUUGAAUGACCUAUAGAGAUCUAUAUCUUGGUGUUUUAUCUUUUUCUCCUUGUUUUACUGUUCGUUAUUUAAUAUUCUAGAUCGCGUAAUCGAGAGGAAAUGAAUUACAUCUUGAACUACUUGUCUUCACUUCUUCAAAAUAAUUUCAACCCCAACUCUAUUCCUAUAUAUGGACGAGCCUUGAGGGAUUCUUUAAUUCAUUAUCUUGUUAAAUCUACUUCCACUAUCUCAGUUGUUGAACAACUGCACUCGCUUCAAUGCGAUUCACCUGACUGGGCUCCAAUAUUUUAUGAAGAAUGUAUCCUUGCUUGGGUUCCUGACAUAGCAACUAACGACCUAUCUCCUUUAGCCCCAAGUUUUGUGAAGGGAAAUAGGGAUAUGAUUAUGACAGCUAAGUAUAUUCUUUGUGGCCAUUAAAGUAGGGGUCUUUCUGCUACCAAGCGGAGUACUAGGAAUUGGAUGACCUCGGCCUCUAAGAAAGACAAAGAACUUAUCUAGAUCAAUCUACUCAAAUGAUGAGGAAGAACAAGAAGAAAUUCCUCUGGUUUGGUAAAAGAGAUCAAGAUAUAGUUGUGUUUAAAUUAAUGAAAUAUCUCAAAUUGUCGAGGAAAAAGCAGUCAAAGCAUCCUUGUGAUUGGCUAAAGAGAAUAGAAAACAAAUGUACACUUAAAUAUGAGAUUUCACAACGAACUCCAUCAAGAAAUGUUGAUGCGUCAGAUCAACAAUCAUGUGAAGCCACCUCAGAUUCUUUUGCAAAGGUUGAUGAUUUCACUACAUUCGAGAGGCAUUCACCAUCUAAUUUUCAAGGCUCAAAUUUUAAAGCUAAACUGCCACCAAGAACUUCUACUUCAAAUACGUCUCAACCAUUUUGUCCAUCAAUGGAAGUUUCUGACAUUGAGCUGGACUGGUACUUUGGUGAUCCUUCAUUAAUCCAAAAGGACAUCAAUAAAGUAGAUUCAACAUUGAAAUGAGAAUUCCCCACAAAAAUGGAUGAAGUCGCAUCUGUUAGGGCUUUAUAAUUUUGGCUAUCUUCAACCGAUGGAGUAUCUCUUGUACUUGAAGAUCUAUUUGGCCUGACGACUCUUCAACUUAGUGGCAUUUCAAGAAGCUAUUUAAGCUUAAUGGAAUAGUAUGAGCAUGCUGGUCGUGAUCUCAACAAGAUGGAGACGCUGCAAGCGAGCAAAAUGGCUUUAUGGAAACCUAUUCAGAGCAUGAGGAGGAGAAGAAGGGAACUCCUCAAAGAUGGAAAACUAUUGAAGUCAGGAUGGCUUCCUUGUGAGAAGAACAAGAAAAAAUAAAACAAGAGAUGGAACGUGUAAUGCCAUAGGCUUCACAAUAAGCUGGGAAAUUAGAAACGUCCAUAGUCAAAGGAUUGACUUGUACACUAAGUACCCUCGAGUCGAUAGUGAGUUGAAGCCUUAAAAAGAUAAAAAGGCAUGUUUUUUUUGUACUUUGCAAAUAGUCAGGAAUGGCUGAAGCUCAAACUUCUUUAGUGGAGGCUAUAACACCAACUCUUGCUCCUUUAGUUGCAACAUUUCCUCCUUGUGUAGCCUAGAUAGAAAUAACUCAUACAUCUUAGGAACAAGUGGUUCUCGAUGUUAACCAAUCACAGGCGUCUCAAAUUGAAGAUAUAGAAAUAGAAGGAGUUCUCCUCCCCAAAAUGAAUAAAAGGUUGAAGAACCAAGUGAGAGAGUAAAUCAAGACACAACCUCUUAGGGUUCUAUUUUUGUAAUAUCAGCUACGUAGUCGACUUGCGACUACCACCUUCUUUGAAAACAUUAAUGAAAUUAGUCGUUUUGAUCUUCAA